AUGACUCGACUCAAGUCCAGCAUCACACUACCAGGGACAAAAAGAGAUCCGAUGGUGAUGGCACGGCAUGUAGAAAUGUUGGUACCCGGUUUGUGCGUGCCCAGUCCCCCUUUGUCAGCUUGGAGGAUGGGUCCACGUAGCGUGAGCGAGCCAUUGGCAGUUGCGACCACCACCGCAGCGGAAGCAAAUGCAAAUGCCAUUGGCUUCAUGACUGCGUGCGGUCAACUGAGCGGUUGUUGA